GAAGGGAAAGUAAAUGUGAAUGGCAUAAUGUGAAUGUUUGUGAAACAAACCUGAUUUGUCUUGAAGAGGGUGUUGAUUUACUUGUAAAUCUCAGAUGAGGCAGAUGGCUGGAUAUGAUGGGUGUGCGGACACGUAGGAAAAUACUCAUCUUGCCCUGCUUGAGCUCUGAAUCGGAUGCUUUCUAGUCAUGGUUAGCAUCAGGUUGUUCCUGCACUGAUAAGCCUCACCGAGAUAAGCGCCGGUGUCACUUCCUAACUCUGACCGUGCUCUUCUGCCUGUGAAAAACAUGGCCAUGUUGCAGGGAGCUCAAGGGCAGCACCUAUGGGUGCUGUUGCAGAUAGAGCUCCAGCAAACACAGGUUGGAAUGAGUUUAUCUUCUACUGGAGUAGAUAUUUUAAAGUGAUGGGAGCUGUGUGGGUUCUUGAUUUACAUUGUAUCUUAUAUUGUGAUCCAUGGUAUAUAAAUAGUGACGCGCUGUUUUCCUGUCACUGCCUUGCCACUCUGAUGUACUGGAGUGUUACUGGGUUAUGUUUAUACUUACUACUGUUUCAGCUUGUGCCAUCACUCAGCGUGGACUGGGUGAGGCAUGCCUGCUAUUUUGGGGAGGAAAAUGCUGUCUUCAUAGUAACUGUAAAUGGUUUAGAAUCUCAGAUGUUGGUGUUGCUUCUUGCUCAUGUGCAUGAUGCUCCUCAGGUUGUAUGUAAACAUUGGGGUGGUGAUAGAAUUGUGGUUGGUGUUGGUGAUGGGUCUCAUAGCAUGCGUGUGUGUCCCUUAACACGGCAGCACUUCCCAGUGAGGUGCUUGCCUCUUUAUUUAGUUUGUCUGAAAAUGUCUGAUGCCUGUGAGAUACAGGGAGAAAAAUCAACAAUUACAAAGGAUAAUCUGUGGACAAAUGAUGCGGAGAGCAAGUGGAGACCAGUGGAGAGUGUUCCCUUGCAUGCUAGCUCUUUGGCAAUGCUUUUGCCUCAAGUUCCAUGUUUAUUUCUGCAAAAGGACUAGUAAAGCUUCUGGCUAGACCUUUGAGAGAGUGUUUUCUUUAGCACAAUCUCCCAGACUGGAAUUGCUAACAGGCUUAGUGUGGAGGCCACGUACCCUAAUGCACUCGUCAUGAGUCUUCUGCAACUAAUUUGAAAAAAUACUGUGGCUAUGUGGUGAGCUGGGCAUCUGCUGCUUCCUUGUGCAGUGAGACAUCUCUGCUGAGAGAAUACCAUAGGGAAAUUGUUAAAAUCUCAAGGCACUGUGGCUGUCGGUGUCACAGCUGUAAUGGAUAUUGAGAGAGGGAUUUAAAGAAGAAAAUAAGAUCACGAAGGAUAAAUGAGCGAGAGCAUCCUAUAGAGUACUAGUGAGCAAAGUUAUUUUGGUCUUUUGCUGCCAUCACAGUUGGAAAAAUUACUUGGGUGUUUGUAUUUCCCGACAAUUUUGUUGUCAGUGACUUUGGACCAGAUCAUGUUCCCAGCUCCCAACCUUAACUGCAGGUCUUGUUUUUUCACUGUUGGCUUUUGUACCAGCUAAAUUUCAAAGCUUGGUCCUGCCUCGUGCCCUCCUUAUUGCCUGGCCUUGGGAUCUCUCAGGGGCAUGGCCUGUCUGCUCCCGCACAAACUUCUCACUCGGUGUAGCCACAUUUCCAGGGAAACAUGCUUUUCUGUGUAUUUUGGUCAUGAUGGAAAUGAUGAGGAUUCUCGGAGACCCAGGCUUUGGUAGGAAUGCAUACCGGAGGCAGAUCCUACGAUGUGUUUUGAAGUACUGAAGUUGAAAGCAUCAGCAAAUCCUCCAGCUCCUAAUAUUGUCUGAUUGUUAUUGCUACACAAGUGGCUGGGCUGAGCAGUUGGUUUUUUUUAUUUCUGUGGAGAACAGCAAUAACAGUACCAUUUAUAGAAACUGCACCACCAAGCCACUGAAUUUGGCUCAGCCUUGCUUUUUUGCCCUGAGAUUUGACAUUAAUGCUAGCUUCUAGAACCAUGGCAAAACUCAAAAUGAUAGUCUUCUGCUUUCAACUUUUUGGUACUAUUUUUUCUUGCAGAUAUGAAUCUUAAUGCCCACUUUUGUCUAUUGAAGACCUGUCUGAACCCUUGGGUCUCCUUUUCACUUCUGUUGUAAAUUAUUUGUGCCAAAGUGAGUCAGCAGGCGUGAGUCAGCAUCUUCCUUGAGACCUUCAAUAUCUGCUUGUGUGGAAGCCAUGUUACUGAAGAUCACCUUGUCUUCUGGCAGUAGAAGCACAGUGAACAGAUGACUCUAUUCAGCCAGACAUUCCUCCAGUAGAUGUCUCUCCCCAUGGAGCACCACGGCAGGGAGGAGAUGGACUCAAAAGAGGAAAGUCCUCAGGUGUGGGCUGACUCUGCUGAGCAGGAGCAGAAUACUGCUCAGGUGCACUUUGUUCCUGAGGGGGGGACGGUGGCACAGAUCGUGUACAGUGAUGAGCAGGACCGUCCCUCGCAGCAGGUGGUCUACACAGCAGAUGGCACCUCCUACACCUCCGUGGACACCUCGGAGCACACGCUUGUUUACAUCCAUCCCGUGGAAGCUACGCAGACUCUGUUUACAGAUCCGUCCCAAGUGGCUUACGUCCAACAGGAUGCCACCACCCAGCAGGUAACUGUGCUCUUGCCUGCUGCUGCUCAGAGCAUGAAUCCCACCAACCUGUCCGUGCUCGGCAACGUUGCCGAAUCCCCCCAGCAAAUGGCUCUGGAGCAGGGUCCGCAAGCAGAUAGAGCAUCAUUACCGGUGCAUAACCAGGUGUUACCUCCUAUGGAGGCAGUGGAUGGUUCUGACCCUUUAGCACCUCUGCAGAAUCAAAUGGGAAGGAUGGAAACAAAAGAGGAAGAUGAGGAGGAUGAAGAUGAGGAUGAAGAUGGGGAAGACACUGACAUGGAUGAAUGGGAUCCAGAUCCACCUCGACCCUUUGAUCCCAAUGAUUUGUGGUGUGAAGAGUGUAAUAAUGCACAUCCCUCUGUGUGUCCCAAACACGGACCUUUGCAUCCAAUCCCAAACCGGCCUGUGCUGACCAGGGCGAGAGCCAGCCUCCCCUUGGUGCUCUAUAUAGACAGGUUUUUGGGAGGUGUGUUCUCCAAAAGGCGUAUCCCAAAACGCACGCAGUUUGGACCUGUGGAAGGACCCCUGGUUAGACAAACUGAACUCAAAGACUGCUAUAUCCAUUUGAAGGUUUCCCUUGAUAAGGGUGACAGAAAAGACAGAGAUUUGCAAGAGGACCUAUGGUUUGAACUUUCUAGCGAGGCUCUUUGUAACUGGAUGAUGUUUGUGCGUCCAGCUCAAAACCAUUUGGAGCAGAACCUGGUAGCAUAUCAGUACGGCCAUCACAUUUAUUACACAACCAUUAAAAACGUGGAGCCCAAGCAGGAACUCAAGGUGUGGUACGCUGCCUCUUAUGCAGAGUUUGUGAACCAGAAGAUCCAUGACAUAUCUGAGGAGGAAAGGAAGGUUCUCAGAGAGCAAGAGAAGAACUGGCCGUGUUACGAGUGCAAUCGUCGUUUCAUGAGCUCAGAGCAACUCCAGCAGCACCUCAACUCCCACGAUGAGAAGCUGGACUUCUUCAGCAGAGCCAGAGGCCGAGGUCGUGGGCGAGGAAAGAGAAGGUUUGGACCAGGCAGACGCCCGGGGCGCCCUCCCAAAUUCAUGCGUAUGGAAGUAACCAGUGAAAAUGGGGAGAAGUGUGAAGAAGGGACACAGGACUUGCUGCAUUUUUCCAGCAAGGGGCAGUUUGAUGAGGCCGGACAAACCGCACUGAAUGGGUUGGAGCAGCAGGAACAGACUCCAGUGCCAUCAGAGACGCAGUCGGCACUGGAGCAGCAGUCAGAAAACCACCCGCUACAAAUCCAGCCGCAGCACGAUGAGAGCACGGUGCCUACGCAGAGCACCAUGACAGCAGAUGACAUGAGGCGAGCAAAGCGUAUCAGGAAUGCAGCUCUUCAGCACCUGUUCAUAAGGAAAUCCUUUCGUCCAUUCAAAUGCCUCCAGUGUGGGAAGGCCUUCCGUGAAAAGGACAAACUGGAUCAGCACUUGCGGUUUCAUGGACGGGAAGGGAACUGCCCUUUGACUUGUGACAUCUGCAACAAGGGCUUCAUCAACAGCAGCGCCCUUGAGACCCACAUGAAGUUCCACAUGGACCAGAAAACUUACUCCUGCAUUUUCUGUCCCGAGUCUUUUGACCGCUUGGAUCUGCUUAAAGACCAUGUGGCCAUCCAUGUCAGUGAUGGCUAUUUCACCUGCCCUACCUGCAAAAAACGCUUUCCAGAUUUUAUCCAGGUCAAGAAACACGUACGCAGUUUCCAUUCAGAGAAGAUUUACCAGUGUACAGAAUGUGACAAGGCUUUCUGUCGUCCUGACAAGCUACGACUCCAUAUGUUGCGACACUCGGACCGCAAAGACUUCCUGUGCUCCACGUGUGGCAAGCAGUUCAAGAGGAAAGACAAACUGCGAGAGCACAUGCAGAGGAUGCACAAUCCAGAGAGGGAGGCCAAGAAAGCUGAUCGAAUCAGCCGCUCAAAAACGUUCAAGCCUCGGAUAGCUUCCACUGACUAUGAAAGCUUCAUGUUCAAGUGCCGACUCUGUAUGAUGGGUUUCCGCCGCAGGGGGAUGUUGGUGAAUCAUUUAUCAAAGAGACAUCCAGACAUGAAAAUAGAAGAGGUGCCAGAGCUCACAUUGCCCAUCAUCAAACCCAACAGAGAUUACUUCUGUCAGUACUGUGAUAAGGUGUACAAGAGUGCCAGUAAACGCAAAGCACACAUCCUGAAGAACCAUCCUGGUGCUGAGCUACCUCCAAGUAUCCGGAAGCUGCGCCCUGCAGGCCCGGGAGAGCCAGAUCCCAUGCUGAGCACCCACACCCAGCUGACAGGCACCAUAGCCACCCCUCCGGUCUGCUGUCCUCACUGUUCCAAGCAGUACAGCAGUAAGACGAAGAUGGUACAACACAUUCGCAAGAAGCACCCGGAGUUUGCUCAGCUCCCUAACACAAUACACGCUCCGCUGGCAACAGCUGUCAUCAGUUCCACUCCUGCCGUUCUCACCACCGACAGCACUACCGGAGAGACUGUUGUGACAACAGAUUUACUGACACAGGCAAUGACAGAGAUAUCCCAGACCCUCACAACAGACUAUCGAACUCCCCAGGGAGACUACCAGCGAAUCCAGUACAUCCCUGUGUCUCAGUCCGCCACAGGCUUGCAGCAGCCUCAGCACAUACAGCUGCAGGUUGUUCAAGUGGCCCAGGCUACCUCACCUCACCAGUCCCAGCACUCCACAGUGGAUGUUGGGCAGCUUCAUGACCCCCAGACAUACACCCAACAUGCUAUCCAGGUGCAGCACAUCCAGGUCACAGAGCAAUCGCCAGUGGCUCAGUCAUCAACGCAGGUUGGGGGUCAGCCUUUGAGUCCCUCCUCACAACAAUCUCAGCAGGAACUCAGCCCCUCACAGAUACAGACAACCACAUCGACACCAAACCAAGCCCUCCAGCAGCAGCAAGGAUCUUCGGUCCAGCACACUUAUCUUCCCAGCACAUGGAACUCAUUUCGGAGCUACUCAUCUGAGAUUCAGAUGAUGACCAUUCCCCAAGGCCAGUACGUGAUCACAGAGACCGCUGUAGGUACACCAGUCACCACUGUCAACACAGGACAAGUGAAAGCAGUUACUCAGACUCACUAUGUGAUAUCUGAAGGUCAGCCUGAUCUGGAUGUCAAACAGAACUCUUCGCUCUCCAGCGAGGUACAGGUCGGUGUUUCCCAGCCACCGGCCCACACGGAUAGCCUGGAGCCGCAAACGAGCGGUCAGCAGCAAACCACCCAGUACAUCAUCACUACAACCACCAACGGGAACGGCAGCAGCGAAGUGCACAUCACUAAACCAAGAACUUUCUCAGCAGAACAUGAAUGAAGAAGCCUUGCGGCGUCACUUGCUUGUACUUGUCACCUCCCCUGAAAGCCCAGAUAUAUGGGUGUCCUGGGGCUCAAUAUGUUUUGAAGUAUACGCUCACUUAACUUCAACUAAAAUCUUGGAGCUCUUGUUAAUGCUUUAAAGAGGGUUUAAGUCCCCAGCGACCGUGGAGGAGUACCCUCAGAAUCCUUCUGGGAUGCUAUUUUUUGCAGCUUGUAACAAAAAAGACAAGAGGAGAAGUGAAACCUCUGCUUGCUCUGGACUUUAUUUUUGGCAUGUCUGCUGACCCUUAUUUUUCCUUUUUGGAAGUGUCUCCAGUAAACAACUACUUAUUUCAAUUUUAUGGGAAAAAGCUUGCCUAACUGAAGGCUAACUGGCAGGUUAUGGUGUAUGUAUAUUUUUAAUAGGAGCCGUUAAACAGGAGGAAAUCAUGUAAAUUGCUGGAAUAUGGCAGAACUGCUUCCUGUGUCUUUGUUUCAGCAGCCAAGGUGAAAGGGAAUAUACCAGCUCAGUGCGAGCAGACUGCCUGGAGAACAAGAGCAGCAGCAGCAAAGCGGUGGCUCCUUGCGUACAUGUGUGAGGAUGGAUAUAACGAUGAAGCUGUGAAGAUGUGCCGAAGCAGUCCAUUGAAUUAUUAUUUUUCCAGCCCUCGAGAACUGUUUACAUGCUGUCUGCCCUGCCCUACUUUAGCAAGCAAUUCCAGAAAGAAAAAGAAAAAGUGCAGUCUUAAACACGUGUUGUUUGGAACAAACAGAUUGAAAUCAUAGCAGCACAUAAGGGUAGUAUGGAGCCACUAUUAUCUCUUUUUCUCCUCCAGUAUUUGCAGGGAAAAUUGCCUUUUUGCCUGUAGAUGGAAAAGGCUCGGCUUAGCCUGCAUCGCAGAUUCUGCUGUGACCUAGAGGUAGUUGUGCUGGGAGAAAAUGAAGGCACAGGAGCACACCUCUGAAGAGGCAGGGUAGUUAUCUCCAUUGCCACCUCAUAGUGGAUGUAUUUUUCCCCUCAAAGACUGGAUGAUGGAGAGUUGAUUACUUUUGAUUUUUUCCAAAUAACCUUGUUAACAAUGCAUUGUAACUCCCUCGGACAGUUCCAUAAAGUGACCAGCCCUGGAUUCAGGAAACAUACAAGAAACAUGCUAGUGGACCACUGUUCAUGGGACACAGCCGUCUGUGAGGGCUGCCUGCUUUGGUAGACCUGGUCUGUGUACAGAAUUCACGUUAGGUUUAGGGACCAGGAGAAAGGGAAAGAGGGGGUUUUAUCUUUUAAGGCAGUGUAAUUUGGGUUUUUCUUACAUAAUCCUCCUUAACAGGUCUGGUUGGUUGGUUAUUUAACAUGUUUUGGUAUUUGCAAGAAUAUGACCACAACUCUACUGACUCCUGCUGGGAUAUCCUGUAUACAUCUAAACCCCCACUUGCUGCCGGAGAAGUCACCCCAGAAUGUCUGUGCGUAAUAGAACACGUUUAUUUAUAAAACAAAGGCAAAGAAGGAUGUUUUCUCUUAAUGACCCUUGAGACAGAGAGAGGUUUGGGGUGUUUUCUUUAUUCUUUUUCUCUUGUGCUGCACAGAGUGUGAACGCGGGACUCCGGCACAAGUACUCCCGCAGAUUUAGGAGCAGAUUACCCCUGUGAGUAAGCACUACAGGUGUUUAGAGGUUGCGGUAUCAGGCCUUACGGAGUUAAACCUCUUAGUCAUGAAGGAACUUCACACUCAGAUGGGACAAGAUGAGGUCUGGUUCCUUGCAGGCAAAGCCUUGUAGCUGGUACUGCUUGGGUAAUUAACAUAUCUGCUAAUAUGGUGUGGAAGUAGUGCCUGUGCAUGAUGAGAUAAAUCAGAUGGAAAAUACUGGCCAGCUCAGAACUGUUUUGAGGUAGCUUUGAAGUGACUUGCCAAAAUAUGGGUUCAUUUGUUCCUGGGAUUUUGCUUCUCUGGCUGUACCACUGUGUGUGGGGCAUUAAUGAGGUUGGUGAAGUUAAUGAGGACCAGAACUCCCAUUUAGCCAAGUGCAGUGAUGAGUGUCUUUAAAUUCAGUGGAUUUGGGAGCCUGUUGGCUUCAGCGGCAGGGGUGAGCGACUGCAGUUCCCACUCAUCCAUUGGAAGUAGUGUUGCUGAGGAGUUUUGAAUUAGGAUGUUGGACGUCGCAAUCUUGUUGGUGUGGGAGAAGGGAGAUUUUUGUUUUGGCUGGCUUCAGGCUGCUAAAUGAUUUAUUGAUGAGUCGAAAAUGGUAGUAGUAGUAGGAAAAUAGACCUGGAAAUGAGGUAAUCCAGGCGGAUGCUGCCCUGCAGGAGCAAUUUUAAAGUCUUAAAAGGUCUAUAAUCCUUACAGAUGAACGUAACGCUUGUUCCCCUUAACAAUAUUGCAGAUGUGGGGUUUAAAAAAAAAUUUUGCUCCGUUCACCUUUGGAAAGGAUCAUAGAAUGAGGGUAACCAUGCCAGUUAUUUAAACCUGAAAACUACAAGGUGUUCCAGAAAACAAUUUUAAAACAGCCCCUUUGCAUUCAAAUCUUUUUUUAUCAACGUUUCUACUCUGUUCCACAGCAACAGCAGUAUGCUCGGGCCAUCGGCCUGGCACCUGCGUUAAGGGUUUGACGGCUGGGAAAGCAUCAUCCCUGGAAAUGGAAGUAGCUUGACUUUUCCUUCCAAAGGAGCGACGGUGAUUGCACGGAUGGCAGGGGCCUGGUUUUAGCAAGGUGACAAAAAAGAAAACGGACAACAGUUUGCAUGAAUUUUUCUUCCAGUUUCUGCAGUGCAGAAGGUAUAGGAUUUAUUUUAUUUUUUUUUUAAACUGGAGCAAAGCAAAGAUCUAUCUCGAGUGACGUCCCACAGGAGCUUAACUCUGGAGUUGCCACCUGCAAGGGCUGGAUUGUGCUGGAAGACUGGCACUGCUACAGGCUCCUUGGCAGCCUAAUGCUGUUCCUUGGCAGUGUUUUGGAUCAGAUUCUCUGUUUUCCUAGACAAAAAAAAGGCGGGGGGAAAUCAAAACAAAACAACUAUCAGCUACACUUGGAAUUUGCACCUCUGACUGCUUGGGCUGUUUUGCUUUGCCCCUUCUCUUAUUUAACUGUGUAUGUUUAUUGUACAUUUGGUGACUGUUAUCGUGUCCAUAGUCUCGUGCAGCCUGGCAGGUGUUUAAAAAAAAAAAAAAAAAAAAAAGCCACAAAAAACCCCAAACCACUCCGAAAUUAAUAAAUCUUUUUUUAAAAAAAAAAAACAAA